CUAGCACACUUUCAAGAGAGCCUCGGAGAGCAGCGAAGGGGCUUGGACGUUUGCGAGGGGAGCUUGCGGCGGUAGAGACUGGUCUAUUACCGUAGGUAGUUUGCAUCAGGUUGAAGGAAGACGCCUUCUGCUGCUCAAGCUGUUAUUUGAGUCUGGUAAGGACGCUUGCGCUGGGGCAAGUACGCUGAGGGUUGCAGGAAAAGAGUUGACAUAGGGAGCUAGCUCGUUCUGAGUUACUACUUUGAUCUGAGAUACUUGAGCACAUGGCACUUUCCGCAGGCCUCAAGGCCGGAGCGACGGGAUUCUGGGCAGUGCAGGAUACAGUGCAGAAACCUGUUAAUACUGCAAGGUCAAGAUCUUUGCACUUCAGUGUUGCUGCCCCCCCUCCUUCCUGUAGCACCAGCGGCCUUUCCUCCUUCGAGGCCCUGUCAGAUGCUCGCUUGGCAGACCGGCAGAGCUGCCGCCGUGGGUUUAAGAAACAGCGCGCGUGUCAGCACGAUGUGGUGUCUGCGAUCCUUGCGCAACCGAAGAACACGGAGGAUACUGAGGACUGGAGGCAAAGGAGUGUUGGCAACGGCCAGGCUGAUCUCAGCAGCAAGGGCCUGAACGGGCAUGCUGUAAGGACGGGCGAGUCUAGCAACGGGGCAGUGAAUGGCGCGGAGCCGGUCAAGCACACGCUGCAAUCCAUCACCGCCCCCGUGGCUGAGGACAUGAGACAGAUGCAGCAAAACUUGAAGUCGGUUGUAGGGAACAGGCACCCAAUGCUGAUGCAAGCAGCGGAGCAGAUUUUCGGGGCGGGCGGGAAGAGGAUACGACCUGCCCUAGUCUUUCUGGUUGCGAGGGCGACCGCUGAGCUGGCCAGAUUGGACGACUUGCGUCCUCAGCACCGACGGCUAGCAGAGAUCACAGAGAUGAUCCACACCGCGAGCUUGGUGCACGAUGACGUUCUGGAUAACAGCAAAACGCGGCGAGGGAAAGAGACGGUCCACGAGUUGCUGGGAACAAGGGUGGCAGUCUUGGCGGGUGACUUUUUGUUCGCCCAGUCGUCUUGGUACCUCGCAAACCUGGACAAUUUGGAAGUCAUCAAGCUCAUCAGUCAGGUCAUCGCCGAUUUCGCCAACGGCGAGAUCAAGCAGGCCGCGAGCCUGUUCGACUGCGACCUCACCUUCGAGGACUACAUGAACAAGAGCUACUGGAAAACGGCGUCCCUCAUCGCGGCCAGCGCCAAGUCAGCCGCGAUCUUCAGCGACGUGCCCAAACAUAUGCAGGAGCAGAUGUUUGAGUACGGGCGCCAUUUGGGUCUGGCUUUUCAGGUAGUAGACGACAUUUUAGACUUCACCCAGACUUCCGAGCAGCUGGGGAAGCCCGCAGGCAGCGAUCUCGCAAGCGGGAACCUUACGGCGCCAGUUUUGUUUGCUUUGAAGAAGGUACCCAGGUUGGAGGAGUUGAUAGGUAACGAGUUUGUUGACGAGGGUGAUCUAGCCGAGGCGAUUGCGCUCGUUCAUAGUGGGGGGGGCAUCGACGAGGCGAGGGAUCUGGCAAGGCGGGAAGGGGAUCUUGCCCUCCAGUGCUUAGAAGGUCUUCCCGAGUGCGCGAGUAAGCACUCGCUUCAAGGACUCGUAGGCUAUGUGCUUGAUAGGUUGUACUGAGUUGAACUCUUGAGGUAGCGCGUUUGAGUUUACGACCAGGUCUGUACAGUGCGUGACGUUGUUCUUCCCGUUUUCAUUGCUUGAAGUCGUUGAUUCUGUCUAGCUAAUGAGCUUCUUUCUUUG